AUGUCGCGAAUCGCUACCCAGCGGCUGUUUGCCUCAGCUUCCUGUCUACGAAAUGUGGUCUAUGCCCAAGCCGCGCAUCGCCCCCUCUACUUCCAUGCCCGGCACGCGAGCUCCCUCCCCACAGUCGCACAGUUGGACUUCUGGAAGUCGCUAAUCCCCAAGCCGUUCCGACGCGAAGAGAAGCUCCCUGAUGAUCCAUCGAUCAAGCGAGUUAAAUCGAAGAGAAAGAAGGAGUGGAACCCCGCUACCUUCUACAUUGUCAUAUUCCUUUUGAUCGGCUCCAUGUCCAUUAAUAUGCUGUCGACGAAGCAGUCCUACGAAGCCUUCUCGCGCCAGGCCGAUGUUCGCAUCGGAGUCUUGCGGGAAGUAGUCGAGAAACUGCAAAGGGGCGAGGCAGUCGAUGUGGAGAAGGCGUUGGGUACAGGCGAUCCUCAGAAAGAAUUGGAAUGGGAAGAGAUGCUGAAAGAAAUUGAACGAGAGGAUGUCUCACGGCAGAAGAAGCAGGAUAAGGCACGACAGGCGGACAGCGCAAGUAAGAGCAAACCCGAACCGAGUGUAGACCGACCACCAGUUGCAGUCCCAGACGCCUCUAAGCCACCGGCUCGUGGUAUGUCGAGCUUCUUUUAG